AUGGCCAGCUCCAGCAUUGACUCGCGACCUCCAUUUUCUUGGCCGCAAGUGGCGGCGGUGGCUCGUCGAUUUGGUGAUUUUCAGCUUGAGAAGUCGUUGCCUUCGGAACGUGACCUAAACUUUUUGCUCAGGUCAGCCGAUGCUAAGGGCGACCUCAUCGUUUUCAAGGUGCACAACCCAGAGGACUCGCGAGAUUUCGUCGAGUGCCAGUGCCUCGCUUUGGAGUAUGCGACGGCACGAGGUGCGAGCUGCCAGCAUCUGUUACGAUCUCAAGACACAGGUGAGGCUCUGUUGGCAAUGGAUUUACCAGAAGGAGAAGGCAAGCGAUGCUUCUGCAGAGCUUUGUCCUUUUUGCCUGGGCAGAUGCUCGCGGACGCUGCCGCAGACGCUGCCGCCGAGGGCUCUGGCAAGCUGGCUUCGCUGUUUGCAGCUGUUGGGGAGGCUGUUGGAAGCGUCACGGCGGCCUUGCAGGAGUUUCAGCAUGCCGCCGCAACUCGUGAGUUUGUAUGGGAUCUGCAGCGAUGCUUUGAAGUAGUCGAGUCGCACAUCGGUGACGUCAAGGAGGGGCAUCAGCAGGAUCUGGUCCGACGGGUACUGGAUGCCCAGCGAUUAAAACUGACAUCCUUGCUGCCGAAGCUUCGGCGAUCUAUCGUCCACAACGACCCGAACGACUACAACCUCGUCGUUGGGAUUGAUGGUCGGGUUGGCGUACUGGACUUCGGAGACAUGCUGUACAGUUACACGUGCUCGGAUGCGGCGAUUGGCAUGGCAUAUCUUUUCUUUCAUGUGCCUGAACAUACUCCACUUGCAGAAGGCGUGCGGCCGUUCGUUGAGGCAUAUCAUCAGAAGUGUCCCCUCGAAGAGGCCGAAGCCGAUGCACUCUUUGCGCUGGCCGUCUGUCGUGUUUGCACCUCUGUCUGCAUGUCUGCAUACCAGAGCAGACUUGAUCCCGGCAAUGAGUAUCUGCUCAUAAGCGCGAAACCUGCCUGGAGAUUGCUGGAGAGAGUGGACACGUUCCCGGGUGAUGCUGCCAAGGUCGGGUUGCGAGAAGCAUGCGGUUUCCAGGCAGCUUGA